AUGUCACUCACAAUACCCACAAACCUUUCCAACUCCAUCGUAAAACCCAAGUUGAGUUCUCAGUUCACCACAAAACCAAGGCUUGCAAGCAUUGUAUGCUCAGCUUCUCCUAACCAGAACACAUCAACUUCGGAGCAGUCAUCCAAUGCAUCGCCACUCAAGGCAUUCUCAGCUGCUCUAGCACUCUCCUCCAUCCUCCUCUCGGCUCCUGUACUACCGGCGUCGGCCGACAUAGCGGGCCUGACGCCGUGCAAGGAGUCCAAGCAGUUCGCUAAGCGAGAGAAACAGCAGAUCAAGAAGCUCGAGUCAUCACUGAAAAACUAUGCUCCUGAUAGUGCUCCGGCACUGGCUAUCAAAGCCACCGUGGAAAAGACCAAACGCAGGUUUGAUAACUAUGGGAAACAAGGUUUGCUAUGCGGAUCAGACGGUCUCCCUCACUUGAUUGUGAGUGGGGAUCAAAGACACUGGGGAGAGUUCAUCACCCCAGGAAUUUUAUUCCUCUACAUCGCGGGAUGGAUUGGGUGGGUUGGCAGAAGCUAUCUGAUUGCCAUCAGGGAUGAGAAGAAACCAACACAGAAGGAGAUCAUCAUUGAUGUGCCAUUGGCAUCAAGUCUUCUUUUCAGAGGGUUCAGCUGGCCCGUUGCUGCCUACAGAGAGUUUGUGAAUGGGGAUCUUAUUGACCCCUCUGUCUAA